UUUUCAUUAUCUACUUGCAAACAGUAAGCGAACAAGUAGAUAAUGAAAAAGUGAAAAUAUAAGGUUGGUGGAGCAGAAACAAUGACCAACAUUCAGCUUGUUGUCAUAACAACACUGCUUAUUUUGAACACAUAUGACACAAAACACAGGCGAAAAGCAAAGCUCUAUGAUGACAGAAAACUCAAAAAGAUCGUGAAAAGAUUCGACACACUUCAGUAUGAUCCUGGCAGUAUAGCCGCGUAUCCACAACAACGUAUCUACACUCGUCCAAUCGACAUGCUGUCUGGAUCGUCCAUACCAAAAUCUAAUAUACCAUUUGCACCAGAAACGAUGAGCAGUUUCCAACCUCCAGAGCAACAAACUGAUGAUAUACCGUUAGGCCCUCUUGUACAGAGUGACAAUAGCGCAGGUCAACCAGACGGGACGGAGGGAGAUGUACAUUUAAAAGAUCUGUUAACAUUCAUUCGCAAAACAAACAUUCCUGAGGAUCCAUUCACAACACCUGGUUCGAACAUGGCCUCCUCAUCGCCAAUUCUCCCACAAAGCACCACAGUAGAAGAUCGACCAGAAGAUUUUUUCCCGCAAGCAAAACGAUUUAAUGUUCCGCAGGCCCAACCUGGGGCAACGCUGUACAACAAUUAUAGACAACAAAAUGUAUUUCAAGACGCUCCCAACAUGUACGAUGUUAGAAAGAACAGCAUACCAUAUCAACCGAAAAAGGAUGUGUCAUUCGUGGAUCCAUUAGAAGGGUUGAAGCAAGCGAUAACACAAAAAGCUAAACUAUCAAAUUUACCACAAAGACCUAACAUAAACUUUUACAAGAAAUCAUCCAUCCCGCGAGCAAGCCAAGCAAAAAACAAUGCACCGCUAAUCCGAACUACACUUGGGAAGUUUUAUUCACCAGUCCAGUCAAAAUACAGCAGUAUAUUGAGAAAGCAAGAUCCGUAUGAUGAUUUGCACAAAGCAAUAACCCUGAAAGUACGCAGAGAAAAUGUUCAGCAAAUGCAAUCAGAUGGGAUAAGAGAAGUAUCUACAGCAGUGUAUCCGAGUGCAUAUAAAGGAACGAAAAAAAUGGACAUCCCUGGAAUAACUGUUGAACACUUACCAACUGCAGAAAAUAACGUGCUGAUUAUGACUAAAACGGACGAAUUACGUCGAAACAUUAUACCAUACAGCAACGGCACAAGAGGUUUUGUUCAUGAUGCUAACAUCGAAGCCGAAUCAAAAAGAUCGUCCAUUCCUUCACCAUCACCACAAAAGCAGCAGCAAGACUUUGAGAAUACCAAAAGGUUUAAAAUCCCAUAUUCAAUGAAUGCAGCCUCACAGGAAGUCGCACCACAAUUUGUUGAUGUCAAAAAUGGUUAUGGAAACACACAGCAGAAAUAUAUCAUUCCUGCAUCAACAAGUGAUUCUGUUUAUCCUGUAGCUGCUCAGCAGGUGGAUGGGAAGAAACAGGAGAAACCUGCUCAAAGAUCCUUCAUUCCAUUGUUGACGAAACCAUUCAUCGAUUCUUCACCAGUCGUGUUGAGACAAUAUCCUGCAGAAUCAAUGUAUCGAAAGUCAGGCAGUGAUCCAGGACUUGUGCUAAAGAAGUCAUUAAUCCAAGGUGCUUACCCCUCCUUAAACUUUGCUAACAUUUCACCUAAUGAACAAAAGAAAUCAGUGAUUCCAGGUGUAGAAGAGAUUACUCAACUUACACAAAGCACACCGUUCUCCAGUGAAGUGAAGAAAACAGCAAUUGUCGAUCCUGUAGAGGGGAUAGAUGCAGUUCAGUCCGAUGUAAAUCAUCUAAAUACAACAUCAACAACAAACGCAGAAGAUGCUAGCAACACAGAUAGUUUGCCAUCUGCUGAAGACAUGGAGAAGACAAAAAUCCAACGUGAAAUGCACCUGAUUAAUCAGCUAAAUGCAAUGAAGAAAUCAACAAUACCGCACCCAUACGAUAUGAUACCAUCAUUUGCAACACAAAAUGAUGACAGAAGGAAUGUCUACAACGACACGCAGAGAUCAACAAUCCCAACAUCAAACGAACAACCUCAAAAGAACAAUCAAACAACUAAAUCCACCACGUUUGGUGCUUUAUCGGAAGUAAAUACACCAUUGGGAAUGCAAACAGUAAACCUCGCAGCACAAACUGAAAAUUCUUUUGGAGAUAAUAUUCAGGUCUACAACUCAGCUGCAGAAGCAAACGAGAACUCGCAAUAUAUGAACCAUCCCACAGUCGAGGAAAACAUGUCACAAGAUGUCUCUAAAAAAUCUUAUAUUCCUCAUCCUGAUACAUCCUCCACGCAAUUGGAAAUAAAAAAAUCUGUUGUUCCUCAAGCAGGAGGAGUUGCUGACUCCACACCAUUAGUAUUACACGUACACCCUGCAGAAUCAAGUGAACGACACAAUAUUGCUGCAAAGCAAGAAAAUCCACACCAAUUGGUGGUGAAUGAAGAUGAUCUGAAGAAAUCAACAGUACCAAACACUGAAAAGCACAUUGCAGAGAAUAACGUCAAAGAGUAUGCGACAUUUCAACAGUCCUCCAACAUCCAACCUGAAAAUACACCUGAUGAAAAUCUAAAUUAUCAAGCUAUUGAAAAUGCAGAGAAGAAAUCUGGCAUUCCAAAUUUACCUUACACGAACUAUGAUGAUACUGAUGUUUCAAGCAAUGAUGAAAAACAGGAGACAAGUUCAGAAAAGAAAGACGAAAUACCAAAAGUGAGAGAUUCUUAUCCAUUGCGGCUUCGAAUUUAUCCUCCACAUUAAAAGGUAAAAAUUACCCACAACACAGAGAUAACUAAUAAUUUAUUUUAUAGCAUUAAUUUAUUACGCUGUUUGGUAAAAUUUAAACAUUUGAUUAUCCUUUCAUUAAUCUACUAACAAUUCUUGUGUUUUUUA